ACCAGCGUAAGUUUAACGUGGAGGGGCUUUUGCUCGGAAAAAUCUAGACGGAGAUGAAGAUCACGGCGUUAUUGGUGUUGAAGAUCAAUCCGGACGGAUCCGAUCCGAUUAUACUAGCCAACGCCUCCGAUGUCAGCCGUUUCGGCUACUUUCAGAGGUCCAGCGUCAAGGAAUUCAUCGUCUUCGUAUCUCGAACCGUCGCCAAGCGCACCCCGCCCGGCCAACGCCAGUCCGUCCAGCACGAAGAGUACAAGGUGCAUGCAUACAACACAAAUGGCCUUUGUGCUUUGGGAUUUAUGGAUGAUCACUAUCCCGUUCGAAGUGCAUUUUCACUUCUCAACCAGGUGUUAGAUGAGUAUCAGAAAAAUUUUGGAGAGUCAUGGAGGACGGUGCAAGCAGAUAGCACUCAACCAUGGCCCUAUCUGAAUGAAGCUUUGACCAAGUUCCAGGACCCUGCAGAGGCAGAUAAGUUAUUGAAGAUUCAAAGGGAGCUGGAUGAAACCAAGAUUAUCCUUCACAAAACCAUUGAUAGUGUUCUUGCACGAGGUGAGAGGCUGGACAGUUUAGUUGAGAAGAGUUCAGAUUUGAGUGCAGCUUCUCAGAUGUUCUACAAGCAGGCGAAGAAAACCAAUUCAUGUUGUACCAUACUAUAAUUUUCUGGAGAAAAGCAGUUAUCCUGUGAAGGUGUGCACUUGUUCUAGUGUUGAAGCUAUUGAUUUUGAUGGCAAAAUGCGAAGUGCAAUAUAUAUAUUUCAUAUCGCCUGUUAAUUGUUUAUGCGAAAAAAAUCCCUGUGGCUUUCCCCUUCUUUAUGUUUGUCUUCUGGAUAGAAAAGUGAAUUGGAAUGUUCAGAAACAAUUUUCUUUCGACAGUACUAAUAGGCUGUCCUCUGAUUAUUAGAUUUCGUUUCUUUGGAGUAAGCCAAUUCUUCUCUUCUGAUCAUAUGGUACAUAUUAAUGUUGGAUCGUCUUCUCAGAGCAGUUCCAUUUUUCUUGUCCUUGGAGCAAAUGUUUUCACCUUCUACUUGAAUUCAAGAAACAACAUAGAUCAAU